UUCCUUCAUCGUAAUAUAAUUCUCAACAUGUCAAGUAAAUACAAAAUAGCCGAUCAAGUGUUUCUAAAGAAACAGAAAGAUGUGCUGAGACUAUUCAAGAAUGUGAUGCAACCGUCAGCUUACGAAGAUAUCAUCGAAAUCGCAGAAAACUUUAAGUUCGAAGAUCGGUGGGAUCAGUGGACGGAGCCGGAGGAAAUCAAGCAUUUCUGGAAAUGCUUCAAUAACAAUUUUCUGAAAAUCAAUGAUACUUUCAACGUUUAUUAUCCGGAGCACUCGAGACAAUGCCGAUCUUUGAUUUCCAUCUUCAUUUACGCCAAGGAUUACGCAACUUUCUUCAGAUGUGCCGCUUGGUCCAGACAGAAUAUAAACGCUUGCAUGUUUGUUUACGUGCUGUCUGUUGCACUCGUUCAUACAACAUUCACAAAAGGUAUUAUUCUGCCACCGAUUUACGAAAUUCUCCCGCAACAUUUUUAUAAUGAAUCGAAGACGGUUGCGAACUCAAAUGUUAAAAACAAUAUUGAUUAUUUAACUGAAGACGUCGGUUAUAAUAGCUAUUACCAUUACAAACAUGUGUACGUAGCAAGGAUCUUGGAGAACAACGUUAUGUAUGUAGACGCAGAUCGUCGUGGAGAUUACUUCUAUUAUUACCAUACCCAAAUCAUGGCUCGUCAUCAUUUGGAGCUGUUAUCUAACGGAAGAGCAGAAGCGAAGAAAAUUAAUUAUAAUGAUUUUUCUGGGAGGAAUGUUUCGAAGGAUUUUUUACCAAAAAUUAUUGAGUUGGAACGGAGGAUUUGCGAAGCUAUUGAUAUUGGUUGGGCUUAUGAUAAAAAUGGAAACAAGAAGUCUUUGCGUGACGUGGAUAGCUUAAGAACGCUUGGAAAGAUUAUAGAAGAUGAUCCUGAUUCACCGAAUCAGGAAUACUAUGGGAAUUUCCAAUACUACGCGCGUUAUUUAUUGGGAAAUCAUUCUUUGAAACACUACGAAACUUCUAUGAGUGAUCCGUUAUUUUAUAACUUCAUAAAGAACAUUUUAGAUUUGUUCGUAAGGUACCAAUAUCGAAUGGGGCCUUACUCCAAAUUGGAUUUGCUCUUCGAUGGAGUGAAAAUCAAUGAUUUUAUUAUUGAUAAACUCGUAACUUUCUUCGAUUUAUUCACAUACGAUUCUUCUAACGGUUUGGUGCAACAGAAGAGACUCAACCAUAAACCUUUCACAUACAAAAUCCACGUUAAAAGCAAUACAAGCGUUGAUGCAGUUGUUAAAUUCUAUAUUGGACCUAAGCUAGCCGAUUUUGCUUCGAUGGAUGACAAUCGCUUGAAUUUCUUUGAGCUCGACAGAUUCACAAUUAGAUUGAAUGAGGGCGACAAUGUGAUCGAGCGUAACUCGGAUGACAUCGUUUUUUUCAGCCCUGACCGGUUUGGAUACUCCGAAUUUUGCAACAAGAUUGAUGAUGCCUUAAGUGGGAAGGAACCUUUCAAACGCUUUCCUUACUACAAUUAUUACACGUUUCCAAGGCGACUGAUGCUUCCGAAAGGAGACGUUUCCGGGCAACAGUUUCAAGUGUUUGUUGCUAUCCUUCAGCAACGAUCGUUGCCUACCGACGAUUUCGAAUUUCAGGUCGUGGAUAAAACUUAUAGCAUUGGCUUCCCUCUGGAUAGGCCGAUUUUGUAUAAAGAAGAUUUUUGGGUGCCGAAUUUCUUCAGUAAAGAGGUCAAUAUUUUUCAUGAAAGUUAAUGAUUAAAUAUAAAAACAUGAAACUAUUUAUUACGUAAUAUA